AUGGAGAACCAAACAGUGGUGAGUGAAUUCAUAUUGAUGGGAUUGACCAACUUCUUCAAGCUUCAAAAUCUUCUAUUUACAAUCUUCCUGCUGUUGUAUCUGGCCAUAUUAGUGGGGAAUAGUACGAUUAUUAUUUUAAUCAUAACAGAACCACACCUUCACACUCCCAUGUAUUUUUUCCUUGGAAAUCUUUCCUGUCUUGACAUCUUCUUCUCCACAGUUAUUGUACCAAAGAUGCUAGCUGGAUUUCUAACACAGCUGUACACAAUUUCCUUCAAGGGCUGCUUGGUCCAGCUGCACUUUUUGCACUUCUUAGGCAGUAGUGAAGGCAUUCUCCUUGGAGUCAUGGCUUAUGACCGCUGUGUUGCAAUGUGUAAACCUUUGCAUUACACUGUCAUCAUGAGAAGAGAGGUUUAUCUCCUGAUGGCAGCAGCUGCCUGGUCCACUGGGUUUCUCCAUGCCUUGAUGCAUGCAGUGGUGACUGCUCGUCUUCCCUUCUGCGGACCAAAUCACAUCGAAUACUUUUUCUGUGAUGUCAAGCCUUUGUUGAAACUGGCCUGUGGCAGCACAUACCUCAACCUCAUGCUCCUCAACACUGUGACCAGUUGUAUUAUUAUGGGCCCUUUUAUCUUCAUACUCCUCUCCUACCUCUACAUUAUUAGUUUCCUUCUUUUAAAGGUUAACUCCUGGAGUGUUUGGCAAAAAGCCUUCUCCACUUGUGGGUCCCACCUAAUUGUGGUGGCUUUACUUUAUGUUCCUGCAUUUUUUAAUUAUGUGCUUCCCACUGUGAGUACCUCAACACAACAGGACAUGAUGGUAACUCUCAUAUACAGUACAAUUAUCCCAGUUUUAAACCCACUUAUUUAUACACUG